AUGCCAAAGGCGCCGUCGUCCCAGGGACGUGGCGUGCGCCCUACGGGGGAGCACCGUCCUCUUGCUCAGGAUAUUCGUGAGGACGAAAUUGUAUCUCGAUUUGGACGUGUUCGUGCACCAACGCAACGCCACAGAAAGAAGAAGCAGUCUGAUGCCGAGAGCGAUGACGAGGCGAAAGCGCCGGGCACCUCGCUCAAAGUCACCGGUGGCCGAGCUGGGAAAAACUACGUCGAUCCCAAGUUGAGUCGAAAUAUCUUACGUCUUGCUCGCGAGCAGCAAGAAGAGAUUGAGCGCGAAGAGGCAGAGCUCGAGGCGGAGGCGGAUGUCGAGCCUCAGCCGGCCUUCCGCGAUAUGGACGAACUGGAAGACGACGAGGACCACGAGGCGGAUGAAGAUGCCUCGCUAGCCAGUGAUGAUGAAGAUGUUUACGAUGAUCCAGAUUAUGCCGAACUGGGUAUCGACCCAGAGGACCAAGCCCUUCUGGAGCGGCACGAAGAAGAGGAAGAACAGGCCCUGGCCGAUGAGGACGCUGGGCGGCCGCGCACCAAGACACUGGCGGACCUGAUCAUGGCCAAGAUUGAGGCAGCCGACGAAACGGACGGCGAUCGCAGCAUGCAGACGAUGGACGAGUCACGUAUGAUGCCUCCGGGUAUUAACCCCAAGAUCAUAGAAGUGUACGGCAAAGUCGGCGAACUGCUGUCGCGCUACAAGUCUGGCCCCUUACCCAAAGCGUUCAAGAUUAUCCCAUCGCUGCCUGCAUGGGAAGAUAUUUUGUAUAUUACCAACCCUGAGAUGUGGACGCCCCAUGCGACGCUGGCUGCGACGCGCAUCUUUGUCUCGAACUUUAAGCCCGCCCAGUGCGAGCGUUACUACCAACUCGUGCUCCUUGACAAGAUCCGCGAUGAGAUCCGCGAUAACAAAAAAUUGAGCUACCAGAUGUAUGAGGCGAUCAAGAAGUCCUUGUACAAGCCUGCCGCCUUCUUCAAAGGUAUCCUAUUUCCAUUGUGCGAGGAUGGUGGUGUCACACUCAGAGAAGCCGCCAUUAUCGGUUCAGUGCUGUCCAAAGUAUCGAUUCCGGUGCUGCAUUCAGCUGCGGCUCUGCUCCGCCUCGCCGAAAUGGAGUAUACUGGGCCGACAUCGCUGUUUAUUCGCAUUCUUCUCGACAAGAAAUACGCGUUGCCCUAUAAGGUAAUCGACGGUCUGGUGUACCACUUUCUGCAGUUCGCGGACAAGUCUAAGGGUGUGGAGGUAACGCGGACGCGACACGGUAUUGUGGGCGAACGCCGCAUGCCGGUGCUGUGGCACCAGAGCCUCCUCGUAUUUGCGCAGCGGUACAAACGCGAUCUCACGCCCGACCAGAAACUCGCUCUUCAGGACCUGAUUCGUGUCCAAAAGCACCCGGGGAUCGAGCCCGAGAUCCGUCGUGAGCUUGCCUCCGGCGAGUCUCGAGGAGAGAUGCUGCCUGAACCCCUGCUCGAGGAUGAUGACAUGUCAAUCUAA